AUGCAAGUAAACACCGAGGACAUCACAGUCAGCUGGGGCCAACAACCUCACCCGUUGGACUCUACAUACGGAAAAUGGCGCAUGGCUGUAUUCCAAGAUGUUCAAGAAUCCAUUGACAUGAGCAAGCUUUAUUUUCUUUAUGAUCCAAUUGCUGACGAAGGAAGCGGAACUAGUGGAACUCGCAAAGGAUACCCAGGAUUGGUAAUUUUUGAUGUGAACUUCAGAUGUUUUGCUGGAGAAAUCCCGCUGCAUGCUCAAGGCACGAUGAAGUUCCUGUUUUCUCUCAAGUGCCCAUCUCCUCAAGGUGGCUCUGCUUUUGUGCUUGUGACGGAAGAGCAGAUUUAUGGACAAAUCCGUCUGCACGUUUUUCGUUUGGAUCUCGCUGCCGAUGGUCUUUCAGUGACCAACUGUCGUCCUCUUCUCAAUCAACCUCUCAGUAUUGGUGGAGAAUAUAUCGCUUCUAUGCGCGAAGAUGCUCCAGAAAUUGUUGUUAUGGCAAAUCCAGGUCUUCAGGUAUGGAGAAUAAAUGCUAUGGCAGAACAACCUCAAGCUCCAACGUCGAAUUUCACAGUACCUGGAGCAGAACUCCAACAUUUCUACGAUGGAUUUCUCAGUAAUGGAAGCGUCCAUUUACUAUCUUCGUCUCCUGAUGGUCAUCUGGAUCACUCUCGUGUCCAUGUACUCAAUUUGAACUCUCCAGGACAAAUUACUACUCACAACUGUACACCUGAUCCUCAACGAGGAAUGCCACAGCCCAGGAAGAAUGCUGGAAUUGAUGGUGUUGCCAACGCUAUUCUUCUUGCUGGAGGUGAAAUCGACCACGGGAACUACAAUGUUGAACGCUUGGUUGAUUACUGGAUGCUGGACACUAGGACAUUUCAGUGGUUACAGAUACCUGCGCAGAUGCCUUGCCCUCUGAUUGAACCUAGGCUGACCGCAUGUAACUCAGGAAAUAUUUACCUCUGGGGUGACUUCGACCAACCACUACCUGGAAUGCCGGCCGGUGGUACUCAUCUACGUAUCAUGAAGGUGUCAGGAAUGGAUAAAGCCGGUCACCCACCUUCGUAUUCCCAAACGGUAUCUCAACCACCAGCGUAUCCGACGCAAUCUCCUUAUCCACAACAAGGAGGAGGAGCAGCACCUCCGUACCCUUCCUACAAUCCAGCGCAAAGCAAUCCAGGUUAUGGAAUGCCACAAUCGCAACAGCAGCAGCAAUAUCCAGGAUAUGGAGGUGGCGGAAGUUACGGAGGUGGUUAUGGGGAUCAAGGAGGUUAUGGUGGACCCACAGAGGGUUUUCAUCAGGUCCCAGCAGGUCCAAAUCAAACGGCUUAUUAUCCACCACAAAAGUCAAAGAAGGAUUGUUCUAUUCAGUAA